AUGAGCUUCUACGGCGGCUACUACGGAGGCCUGGGCUAUGGCUGUGGAGGCUUCGGGGGCCUGGGCUACGGCUGCAGAGGCUUCGGGGGCCUGGGCUACGGCUACGGCUGUGGCUGUGGCAGCUUCCGCAGACUGGGCUAUGGCUGUGGCUUUGGAGGCUACGGGUACGGGUCUGGGUACGGAGGCUACGGGUUCGGCUGCUGCCGCCCGUCUUGCUAUGGAGGAUACGGCUUCUCUGGCUUCUACUGA